AUGCGCCUCAGCACUCCCUUAGCAGCGGCAGCAACUCUGCUCCAAUCCGCCACCCUCGCCUCAGCUGAAGCCUGGACCUUGUUCUCGUUCAUCGACAUGGAGCCCUUUCAACCGAACUGGGACGGCGGCCUCUGGCACACAGACUUUGGCUCCCACAACUUCAAGAUUGAGAACGAAGAUGGCUGCUGGAAGAACGUCGGCGUGCCCUCCAUUGCUGAGGUCUGCGUCGAUAUUGUGCGCACCAGAGCCCACUUCAUCGUCAGCGGGACUGGCCAGAGGCGGUGCAUGUUUCUUGACCGCGGCAAGCGCGGCUCCAAAUCUGCUUUGAAAUGCUUCCGCGAUACCUACGACCAUUCCUGCUUUAUCGAGCUGUGGGAGGAGGUGGACUGCACGUGGUAG